UGGGGAAGGGCGAGGGAGGGGGUGGAAGGGCGGGGAUGGACACACAGACACGGACACACACCCCCCGCGCGGCACCCUAAGUGUCCACAACUUUUGGCUGCCUUACUUAGCCCAGGGUGCAGAGGCUGGAAAGGUUGGGGGAAGUAUCGUGUGAGUAAAGAGAGAGAUUUAAAGAAUAGAAGUAGUGAGAGAGGAAAAAGUGAAGGGAACGGACCGGAGAGCAAAAGCCAUCGUGAGAAAGGGAAAGGGAAGGGGAGAGGAGAAAGGAGAGUUUCAUAGCGUCCAGGGCAGUGCAGGAGCCCGAAGGAGCGGAAGCGAUCCUGGGGGGAAGAGGAGUGCGGGGAGGGGAGGGGAGGGGAGAGGAAGGGCGAGGAGGGGGAGUGAAAACUAGAGGAGGGAGAAGGAAGCGAGGCGCGACACUGCUGGGGAGAGGAGGGCAGUGAGGAGCGAGGCGCGGGCAAAGGCAGCUCCGGCGGCCGAGAGGAGGGAGCGCGGCGCAGAGAGGAGGGGCUUGCGCCCCGUAGAAAUGUCAAUCAGAGCCCGGAGCCCCGGGAAUCUCCGCCAAUCUGUUCGGACCUGACCUGGCUCCUCGCCGCCGCCGUCGCCGCCGCGGAGCAGAUCAAUAGGCGAACGCGGAGCACAGCGCAGCGCCGGCGGCAGCGCGGCCCCAAGCCCGGCCCAGCUCCCGAUGCGCGCCGGAGCCCGCGGGCGGCGCUGAGCUGGGCGGCCCGGGGGCCGGGCCCCCUCUCCGUCCGUGCCCCGCGGGCCACCAUGUCCUUCCCCCAGCUGGGAUACCAAUACAUCCGCCCGCUUUACCCGUCCGAGCGUCCGGGGGCCGCUGGCGGCAGCGGCGGCAGUGCGGGGGCCCGGGGCGGCCCGGGUGCCGGAGCCACAGAGUUGGCCGCCUCGGGGUCCCUGUCCAACGUGCUCUCGUCCGUGUACGGGGCGCCCUACGCCGCGGCCGCGGCGGCCGCCGCCGCCCAAGGCUACGGCGCCUUCCUGCCCUACGCCGCGGAGCUGCCCAUCUUCCCACAGCUGGGCGCGCAGUAUGAGCUGAAGGACAGCCCCGGGGUGCAGCAUCCGGCCGCGGCUGCCGCGUUUCCGCACCCGCACCCCGCCUUCUACCCGUAUGGCCAGUAUCAAUUCGGGGACCCGUCCCGUCCCAAGAACGCCACCAGGGAGAGCACCAGCACGCUCAAGGCCUGGCUCAACGAGCACCGCAAGAACCCCUACCCCACCAAGGGCGAGAAGAUCAUGCUGGCCAUCAUCACCAAGAUGACCCUCACCCAGGUGUCCACCUGGUUCGCCAACGCGCGCCGGCGCCUCAAGAAGGAGAAUAAGAUGACUUGGGCGCCUCGCAGCCGCACUGACGAGGAGGGAAACGCUUAUGGGAGCGAGCGCGAGGAGGAAGACGAAGAGGAGGACGAGGAGGAUGGCAAACGCGAGCUAGAGCUGGAGGAGGAGGAGCUCGGGGGGGAGGAGGAGGACACGGGGGGCGAGGGCCUGGCGGACGACGACGAGGACGAGGAGAUCGAUUUGGAGAACUUAGACGGCGCGGCCACCGGGCCUGAGCUGUCCCUGGCUGGGGCGGCGCGCAGGGAUGGCGACCUCGGCCUGGGACCCAUUUCGGACUCCAAAAAUAGCGACUCAGAAGACAGCUCUGAGGGCUUGGAGGACCGGCCACUACCGGUCCUGAGUCUGGCUCCAGCGCCACCACCAGUGGCCGUGUCCUCACCGUCUCCGCCCUCGCCCCCCGUGGGCCUGGACCCCUGCGCUCCCGCACCAAUCCCCACCUCCGCCCUGCAGAAGCCCAAGAUCUGGUCCCUCGCGGAGACUGCCACAAGCCCGGACAACCCGCGCCGCUCGCCUCCCGGCGCGGGGGGGUCUCCACCGGGGGCAGCGGUCGCGCCUCCCGCCCUGCAGCUCUCUCCGGCCGCCGCCGCCGCCGCCGCUCACAGACUGGUCUCAGCGCCGCUGGGCAAGUUCCCGGCUUGGACCAACCGGCCGUUUCCAGGCCCGCCGCCCGGUCCCCGCCCGCACCCGCUCUCCCUGCUGGGCUCGGCCCCUCCGCACCUGCUGGGACUUCCCGGAGCCGCGGGCCACCCGGCUGCCGCCGCCGCCUUCGCUCGGCCCGCGGAGCCCGAAGGCGGAACAGAUCGCUGUAGUGCCUUGGAAGUGGAGAAAAAGUUACUCAAGACAGCUUUCCAGCCCGUGCCCAGGCGGCCCCAGAACCAUCUGGACGCCGCCCUGGUCUUAUCGGCUCUCUCCUCAUCCUAGUUCUUUAAAAAACAAAACAAAACAAAACAAAAACUUUUUUUAAUCGUUGUAAUAAUUGUAAAAAAAAAAUCGCUCUGUAUAGUUACAACUUGUAAGCAUGUCAGUGUAUAAAUACCUAAAAGCAAAACUAAAAAAAAGAAAGAAAAAAGAAAUAAAACCAGUCCUCCUCAGCCCUCCCCAAGUCGCUUCUGUGGCAUCCCGCAUUCGCUGUGAGGUUUGUUUGUUCGGUUGAUUUUGGGGGGUGGAGUUUCAGAAUAAACGUGUCUGCCUUUGUGUGUGUGUGUAUAUAUACAGAGAAAUGUACAUAUGUGUGAACCAAAUUGUACGAGAAAGUAUCUAUUUUUGGCUAAAUAAAUGAGCUGCUGCCACUUUGACUAUAA